AUGAGCGCCAUUUUUGGGACCCAAGCCCGUGACGAAGCGCAACAGCUUAUAGAGAAGAUUGCUGUCGGCCAUGGCUACAUCGAGGCAGCAAAGCUGGAUGCCAUGCCACCCGAUAUACGACGAGUGGUGGAGGAAGCAUUGAAGAGUAAUUCCAAGUCUCAUGCCGCCGCUACAGAGCUCGUACAGAAGUUAGCUGCGGGGAACAUCAAUGUUGCGUUCGAGCUGCUCCAGAAUGCGGAUGACAACCAAUACACCCGCGCAAAGGCCGCGUGCGCGAGUCCAGGUGUUCAGUUCAUCGUUACUCCAGAUAUGGUUAUUAUAGGCAGUAAUGAAGACGGUUUCACAGAGAGCAACGUCAAAGCUCUCUGCGAUUUCGGCAAGUCUACCAAGGCUGGCACGUCAGGCUACAUCGGACAGCCGGAUGUAGGUUUCAAGUCGGUUUUCACUAUCGCUUCCAAGGUUCAGAUAGAAUCUGGGCCUUUCUCAUUCUACCUUCAGCACGAGGACGGCGAUUCUGGUAUUGGAAUGGUGAGACCCCACUGGAUUGAACUACCCGUUCUUCCCGACCAUGUGAAGGAUCAUGAGGCGUAUGGCGGUCUCUUCGGAAACCGGACAAGGAUCAUAUUGUUUCUCAAGGAGCAGAACAGAGAAUUUCUACGGAGUAGCUUCAUUAGUCAGAUCUGGGAUACACCAGAUAGUGUGCUACUCUUCAUGAAGAAUCUGCGGUCACUGAAGAUCACGGUACUAGGUGACGACAACAAAGUUCGGCGCUCGAAGGACGUGCUUCUCGAUAGAGACUUAUUCGGCUCUGGAACUCGAAUUGCAACGACGAAGAAACUCGGCCCGACUCAGCUCAAGACGUGGAAUCGCUAUCUCGUCUACAGAUCAACGGUAACAGGUUUGCCUGGCAACCCGAACCGAAAACCAGCUCCAGAUUCCUCAGCAAAUCCUUCCAGCGCAGAAGUCGUACUAGCCUUUCCUGUAGAUGAUAAAGGCGAGCCAAUUGUCGAAAUUCAAAAAGCAUAUGCGUUUAUGCCACUCUCUGAGACUGGGCUGAGCUUUCUUAUUCACUCCGACUUCGUUACCGAUGCUGCGAGACAGAAACUUAUGAGUUUCUCAGAGAGAAACGCAAAAAUCAAGACAGCAGUUGAGGAAGCAGUCGUAACGGCGAUCCAAGACAUCUGUAAAAAGCCUGGCACAGAACACAAAUGGAUGCGUUUCCUUCCCCAGUUGAAUCGAAACGCUAUCGAUACAUUCUGGCUCGGAUUAACUAAAACCUUAGGAUCCAAAAUCUCUGACAUACCACUUUUGCGUUCAAAUCAGUUAUUUGGCGCUUUCUCCAAGAUAUCCUAUCUCAAGCGCCUUUCUGAGGAUCAACUGGACCAACAUGGCGCGCCGCUUUUGCCUGAUCUACAACAAGAGCUGUACUUGUCUUCGCGAUAUGAGCCCCAGGACCUCGAUAUUCUCAGUCAGUAUGGACUCACGUACAUGCCGAACUCGGAGGUCAUAUUGAGGUUGCAAGCUUUCACCGGGCGUGCUGAGUGGAAGACGAGAACUUUUGAGGAGCGAGAUGAAGAUUGGCAUGCUAGACUGGCACGUCUCGUCUUGAAGCUAUGGACUGACACACAAUCCAACUGGAAGAAUGUCAUUCUCUGCUUGAAACUCAUCCCACUUGCUUCAGGGGACUUGAAGAGUGUCACUAAGGACGCAAAGAACGAAGAGUUUUAUGACAACAUGAUCGACAGCAUUCUUAUCCCUGAAGAUCUGGGUUUCCCAAUUCUGCUACCGGCAGCCGCAGCGAAUCCGGAUUGUCGUAAACUUUAUAAUGUGUUUGGACCAAAGACUCUUGCUGCUCAACAGGUCCGUGAGAAGAUUAUUAGGAUGUACAAAGAUCCCGCUCAAGUGGCUAAGCUUGACGUGGCUAAGUCAAGAAAGCAUCUUGUCUAUCUCUACCGAAUGGAGCCGAAGGACUUCAUCACCAAGGAGGAGCAAGAAAUCAUGGUUGUCUUUGACCAGAAGUUACGCAUCAAGCGUCCGAAAAAGGAGUAUGUCUAUCUCCCCGGCGAAGGACCAGUAGCCCCAUGGAAAAUUCUCAAUCCCCCAUUCCCGGAUGGGCUUGAGCCACCAGAUGUAUCCCUUCUGCACCCAGCAUAUCUUGAAGACCCACCGACCGCAUCAGCUGGCAAUGAGAAAUCAUGGAUCCAAUGGCUCUACAACAUUAUCUACUGCGAAGAAAAGAUCCAGCUGUUCUCUGUACGAGAUCCGUCUGCAGAAGCGGACAAGACUUACUCACCAGAGUAUAAAUUCCUCGUCAAAGCCUACCCGGGCCUUACGCUUCAUAGACUCAUGCUGAAUUUCCAGAAGCCAGAGGUCAAAAAGCAGUGGGUUGAUGACAAAAAGGGCACAGCUCUUAUGAAAAGAAUGGAGUUUCUCUGCACUGAUGGUAUACGGCAUCCUUUGGAGGAGACUCUGCUUCCACUGCCAAAACUGUUAGAGAGCUGUGAGAAGAGCUUUGCGUCAGUGGAUAGCAUGCCGUUUCUUAAACUUGACGAGCCUGUGAAAGACGAUGAUGUUCCUGCAUGGCUCGACUUGGCAGAGCAUUGCGGUAUCGGGACUAAAGACGACACCAAGUUCACUCUGGCGAUACUCAGCUCUAUCUCUAAGACCACCAAGGAGAUCACAAGUGAUAUUUCAAAAGCUGUGAUUGGUCUAUACCUUGAGCUUGAAUCUCGGGUUCCCAAUGGAUCCUUGAGUGCCACUUUUGCAGCACAAACACAGAUCAGAAAAUCCUUUACCGACAACAAAUGCGUUCUCUGCACACCGCUCGGAUCCUCGGAUGUAAAGAAACCUGCUCGAUGGGCUAACCAACCCGCAUGCCUAUGGAAUGCACCUCAGGGUAUUCAAGUCUACAACCCUCUGCGUUCAUUAUGGUCCUCUGUGCUCGAACAAAUGGAGCCUGGAGAUGCUGAGAAGCUGGAGCACUUUUUUAACCACACACUCGUUAUUCGAGACAUAACCCCGCAUGACGUGGUCAGUGAGCUUGGUUCCCUAUCUCGGUCUCUGGAUCAAGAUAAGGACUACUCAGAGGUAGCAAAAGAGCUUUACAAGAUUCUUCAAACGCAGACAGAGAACCUCAAUGACAUCAACACACUUAUCAUCAAGCAAGCCUUUCGAGAUUCCCCUCUCAUUUAUGCCCCUGGUCAAGCGAACAGGAAGUGGUACAAAGUCUCAGAGUGUAUAUGGUCUAGCGAAGGUGCCAGUCAGGAUGAACUGAGCCUGGAGCCACUCUAUGCAGACCUUUCAACUCUUUUCGUAUCUUUCCUUGAUGUUCCGAAGAUAAGUGCUUCGCUUGUCUAUCAGCAUAUUCUGAACAUCGGGAACACUACUCAACCUAUUCCAGAAAUCAAGAAACUCCUCUGGUCUCUACUCGAUAGCCUGAAAACCAACCAAGGACCAUCAAAUGUCUAUGCGGCAGAUAAGAUAAAGGCAUGUCGAGUCUUCCCUGUAAAGGGACUGUCUGGCGAAGUUCAAACCACGUCCGCUUUGGUCAGCUUCUAUAUAAAUGACCGACCUAUGUACGCGGCUGCAAUGAAGGGCAAGGCUAGCAUUCUUGACUUUUCUGUUGAGGAAGUGCAUCGUCUGAAGCCUGUUAUUGAGUGGCUGGGCUUGACUGAUCGCUACCUCUCCAAGUCAGUAACAAUAACAGAAAAAACAUCUGUUGACGAAUCGCAAGGCGUGGAGGAUAGUGUUCUCACGCGAGAUAUCGCUGGUAAAGCUGAUGCACUUGCCAUCAUUUCUUCUCACUUCAGGAAUGGCCAACCUACGGUACGGAGCUACAACCUGCAGGACACAAUACGCAAAGUACAAGUGUUCCGCCAUCCAGACAUAAAGUCCAGUAUAACCUGGCAUCAGGCAUUCAGUACUAACACAGCACCGCUGGCGAGGAGUGGGAUGCACUUCCAGCUCGCUCUGUUCUCCAAAUGGAAGUUCUACAUUCCGCAAGACGACCAGGACGGCGAUUUCUGCAUGACUACGGAGUUCCCGCGGAUGCUCACCGCUCAGCUUCUAGAGUGUACAGUACGUGAUGUAAACUCCGAGGCUGCCAUGAUUGUUGCCAGUGUCCUUCAAGCUAAGCUCUCCAACGUGGGACGUAUCCUCCAGCACUAUGGGAUAUCCGAGGCUGUUGCAUUGCCAGAUGACAUACCGGAACCACCACGUACACCAGAGAGGCGAAGAGACAAUGGUGCCCCCUCUCCUUCUCCAUCACCGCAUUCAGUUAUCAGAUCUCCUGUCCCUGCUGUAAGCGCUGAUCAGGUGAUCCGUGACGCUGCUACUCCAUACCAGGCCUUGCUCAUUCAAGCUGUCAAUGUCGCACGCAUUUCGACCUUUCCGCACAAGAACUCUGUCUUUGAUAUGACUGCAAUAUCACAAAGCCUUGCAGAGAGUACAGCUCGUUCUAGACUAUUCAGAUUCUAUGUCGGAGACCAGACAGAGUGGCAGCGAAUGGUUGGUGCCGCUGGCGAGUUAUAUGUCUUUGAGCUGCUUUCAACGAUUUCCCAUGCUCUUCCUGGAUGGUCUCGAGAUAAUUGGCAAAGUACUGUGAGACACCAUGCCAGUAUACACCCUGACUAUAACUCCCUUGGUAGUUGGUAUGGGACAGAGCAAGGGGACCUGUUCUUUGAUGACGUGGCAGGAACAUUUACCAGCUAUUUGAUCGAAAAGGGUUACCUCGACGAGAGUUGGAGAAAAGAGCGACCAGAGUACUACAUCGAAGUCAAGACUACAACAUCGGCCCGUCUCGACACGCCAUUCUACAUGAGUAAACAUCAAUAUGCACGGAUGCAGUCGUUUGGUAAAAGCGUCAAUACUGACACGCAAAGGCGGAAGGUCUACAUACUGUUUCGGGUACACGGCUUGGAAUCAGGCCAAGUUGGGUUGAGGAUAUUCCUCGAUCUGGAGGCUUUACGCAAGAGUGGAGAUCUAGUAUUUGAGGCUCAGAGUUGGACGGUCACACCAAGAGCAGGACAGUAG